ACAAUUCUUAUAAUAACGACGAACAAUGAUGAUGUUUCCAUGUGAUUAAAACAAAAUAAUUCAAAAUAGCUUGAAAUUAUAUUCAACUUAGUAACCUAAAUGUAACUCAAUCACAUCCAAUUAAUUUUGAUAAUUUAUUUUACAAAAUCCUAAAAGUAUCAUUAAAUCAUGCGACAUGAAAAGAAGCAGAAUACGAUCAAUUCAAUGAAAGAAGAAGAAAUAGUGCUAAAAUUGCGGCGAUAAAAGCGAAGAGACAAGAAAUUAUAAACAACGUAAAUUUUUCUUUAAAGCAAAAAUGGUUUGACAAAAUAGCAAUAAAAAAUGCGCGUUCCGAUAUGGAAAUGAGAGUUCAACAGAAGAAAAUUAAAGAUAUGAAAAAAUUACGCGGAGAAAAAAGCAUGUUGCAGAUCCGUCAAGAUCUCAGUACUAUUAUCGAAGCCGGUAUAAAGUGCAUUUGUCCGUCUGUAAUUAUUCCUAAGAAGAUUAAGUAUGACGGUCGUCAAAUGCUAAUAAUUAAUAACGUCAAAUAUAAAAUAAAUAAUAACUUACACAUUGUUGGCUGGGGCAAGGAAGUAGUUACGAUGAGCUCGGCAUUCGAAAGAUUGGUUGACAAACAACUGAAAAAGGGAUUUAUUGUAGUACCUCGUAAAUCGAUUUCUAUGAUGUCGAGCUUCCCGGAAGCUUUUCCAAAGUUGGACAGUCGUAUAACUUUCGUCGAAGCCGACACGGAAGGGCAGCCGGACGAAAAGGCAAUUGAGAUGACAAGAAAAAUCGCGAAUUAUUGUAAGCAACUGAAAAAACGCGAUCUAUUGAUAGUUAUGCUGUCCCGAGAUCUGGACGAUCUUCUAUGCUACCCGCACGAUACAAUUACAUUGGGAGAUAAGUUAAAGGUUCUCAACAGGUUAAAGACUGCUAAUGCGACUCUUGAAGAGAUCAAUAUCGUGAGAAACAAACUUUCUGCGAUAAGAGGUGGUGAUCUAGCGCGUCUGGCAUAUCCAGCUAAAGUCAUUACUCUUUUCACAUCUGAGAUGUCAGCAGAACCGCCAGAGCAAUUGGGUGGUGGUCCGUGCGUUUACGAUCCGAAGGACCAAACAGCCUUAGCUAUUCUGACGAAAUACAAUCUUAUCGAUAAAGUAUCGCAAAGCGUACGCGAGGUGCUAGGGAAACCCAAUCCUCGGACAACAGCGGACGCUCAAUUAGACGAAAAAAAGAGAUAUAAGUUCGUACAGCAAUACGUGAUCGCAUGCAACGCCGAUGCUAUAGAGUGUAUGGCGGCGAGAGCCUUUAAACUCGGGCUGUCCUCUUUGAAAUUAAACUCCACCUGCGGCGGGACCGUCGAGGAAUUCGCGCAAGAGUAUGUGAAGAUCGCGUCGCUAAUGAUCCUAGCGGUUGAGAACAAAAUUACCAAGUUAGAGAUGUACGAGCAGAUGAAGGAGAGUACGGUAUGCCCUCUGACCGACCGAGAAGUGUGGGAGAUGUUUCCCACGAAGGACAAAUGGGGUCUGGGACUGUGCCUUCUGCUGGGUGGUCGACCGACCGUUCAUCUCGGAGGCGAGCAUCCCGGAAAGGGUGGGCCCAAUCAGGAGCUCGCCCUCUACUUCUCCAUAUAUUGGUACAUGCGUACGAAGCAAUAUCCAAUUUUGCGAGAAUACACCGUCUGGUUUCUCGGCGGUAGCUCUCACGGAAGAGACGGCAAUACCAACGCAGCUGGUGCAUUCGGAUAUAAGAGUCUCGCCACUGACAUUUACCCGGAAUACGAAAAAGCGAGGAGCGUGCAUAGGGCUGCCUUGUUGAAAUGGCGCGGGCUCUCCGAAGAUAAACAGAAAGAAUCGGAUAUCGCGAUAGCUCGCCAAGCGGUGAAAGACGCGGAAGAAACAAUGAUAAGAUACGCCGCCAUACUGCCGGAACGAGUUCUCAAAGAAAACAACACGAAUUUAUUUUUCUCGAGUAUCAACGACGGCGACGAGCUACUGCAGCUGAGAAGCGAAAAUUAUUACACGCUCGUGGACGUCGGGGAUCUUCACAUUAUACGAAUAGCACGCUUUCAGUGCAACUGCACCUGUCACGAAGACGAAGUUUUAUCGUCGAAGUCAAAAUGGAUCCUAUUGAAGGAUCGGCUCAUCGAACGAGCGAAACGAAAGUCCCAAGAAGCUCAUUCCGCCCUUCCUUGACAUAAUAGAGAUCUUGUAGCUCGGCGUGUCCCUUGGGCUCGGUACCAAUCCCGUUCAACAAAGCCUUGGGAAUGGACUCACCUACCUCAACGACAUAUCCGCGGUACAACGCAGUUCUGAGUGCGUUCUCUCUUACAUUUCUUCGUGACCAAGUCCAAAAUGCCCCUUGAGAAUACCACUUACAGAAUGCGUGCGCGCGAACUUCCUUUAAUAUUAUCCAGCUUAAUCUGAUCGAGCUUUUGUCUGAUGUAAAGAAAAUUAAUAGACAACAUUAAUAUCUGCAAAAAUAAUUCUAAUAAUUAGGUUUGGGUAAAAAGAUGAAUUUAGAAGAUAAAAAGAAAUUUACCCGAGUUAAAUCAGUCUAAUUAACUAAUUGGUAUAAGCUUUUAAUUUUAGAAAAAUUUAAUUUUAAUAACAUGCAUGAAAACAUUAAAUUAAAAUGAAAUGCAGAUAUGUAUCAAAUUAUUUUCAAAAAUCUUAAUAAUCCAAAAAUUUUAAUAAUCUAAACAUGCUAGAACAUAUUCCUUAUCUAAUUCUAACAUUAUUUUUUAUAUUAUUAACUCUUGUUAUUACUUUUUAUUUACUUUGUAAAUUACACAAUUACACAAUUACACAAUUCAGCUUCUUAUAGUAUAAGUACUCAUGUACAUAUAAAGGAUAAGAAUAAUCUUAAAUAAGAUUAUAAGAAAUUAUACGACAGAGCAAUAAUUAAACAUGAAACGCAAGCAGUUUUAUAGCCUUAUCAUAAUUUCUGACCUUUCUUUUACGAUGUGAGAUGCUCUAUAAAUUUAGUUCGAUGUUAGAAUCCUUCAUAACAGUUCGUUCUUUCGAUUUCUCUUGUAUAGCAACAUAUAUUGCACAAUGAAACGUUUUGCGUUGUUCUGUAUUCUUCUGCUAUUUGUGAAUUAUUCAAUGCAAGUUCCAAAAUAUGAAAACUGCCAAAGUCAGGUGCUUCCCGAAAGAGAUCAACAAAGAUGUGUACAAGUAACAUGCACAUCGCAGAAUAAGUAUACAAUAGAAGAAUGUAAUUGUGCCAAGAAUGCAGCACAACAUCUUGGAGAACGUAAUUCUGAAUAUCCUGUUUGCUGCCCGCGGUGUAGUAGAACUUAAGUUGUAGUAAAAGAACUAAGAUAUUAAAAAUGAAAUAUUCCUUUGUUACAAAUACAUGUAGUAUAUAUGUUAUAAAAUUAUUAUUAGUUACAACAAAAAGUACUGACAUAAAGUACUGAUAUAUGCACAAAUCUUCAAUAAAGUUACAUGUGUAUA